GGAAUAUAACCGAAGAAAUACAUAAGAAACAAAAAACUAUUGUUUAUUUCAACAUGUCCAGUGUGGCUGUUUUUGUAUUUCUACUAGACAAUAUAGUAGGAUUCAAAAGCGCCCUCAACGACACUCUAGUACUGAACGCUAAGUUCGCUCACAGUAACGAAACGCCCGUGAUUACGAGCUGUGACCCACACACCACCGAGCUGGUGCUGGGCGCCGUCAGCCAUGACCUCGACCUGGUCUUCGUGCCCUCCUUCAGCAACGACGACACCCAGCUCAGCGAACAGAUCAAGGACCAGUCUCCAGAAGUAUUUAACACUGUCUUCGAUAACUCUUUGCGUGAUCCAGAGCAUGGCAAGGACGUCUCGAUGGAUGACAACACAACCAAUUUCGCAGAGAACGAAUUUAAGUUGUACAGAAGUAGUUUCGGUGCUAAAGAACACCAAAACACGACAACAGUUGCGCUGGAAAAUAAAAAUGAGUCAAAAAUUGUGUUUCCAACGAGCGAGCUAUUUCUGGUCGCCAUAUUUGAAACGCUGGCUAACGUUACCGCGCAAACUUGUGCGGGGACUCUGAUCACACCGCGGUGGGUGCUCACUGCCGCGAACUGCAUCAACAUACUGUCCAAUGUAUACUCUAACAACACCAAUACGACAGAGAAAAGUCAUUACUACACAGUAGUGGCAGGAUCCUCAAAUCCUCUUCUAGACGGAUCAGCGCACAAUGUGACGACAGUGCUGGUGCACCCUGAAUCCAAUUCAUCUUACCCUGCCGGCACGAGUGGAGAAAUGGGUCCGUACUUGGCCUUGAUGAGGAUCGAGCCUGCGGUGGAUGUUCCAACCAUGGAGCUGAUGGCAGACGAAAUAACGAGUGGAGAAGUUAUGGUGUACGGUUGGAUUUUGUCAAAGAACGAGUCGGACCGCGACGCGCUGUACCGCGCGUCCACCGCGAGCCAGAUCCUGCUGCCGGCGGAGUGCCAGGCCAUGUACAGCUACAAGGACAACGACGUGCUCUGCCUCUUCAGCCACGACAUGAACAAGAAUAUUAUGCAGCUUAGUUCUGGCGGUCCCGUGCUAAUGGUGCAUGACGGUAAAGUGAAGAUGUUGUCUGUGGUGCAGACGGACGAGCACGUGUUCGUGUCCUACCCGCUCGCCGGGCACUACGACUGGAUUGUACACACUAUUAAUAAUGAAUAAUAAUUACUGUAGGAAAAA